AUGGCAGGAGCAGAGGUGAAGGAAAAUCUAUCUCCUGGAUGUAAACAGUUCCUGUACAUGGGCACGCUGCCUCGAGGGCUUGAAGAGCAGUCGUUCAAUAAGAUUUGCCAGUUCUAUGAGGGAAAACCACGAUUUGCGACUCUGUACGACACCUUCAGCCACAUCCCUGUUUAUUCUGCGUACACCUUCAAACGCUCGGAUGGCUCCAAGAAGGCUGAUGUGCCUUGGAUGUAUGAGCCACAGCUGUCCACAGUGUCUGGCUCAAGGGAAAUGCAGCAGCUGCCUUCAGAAAAUGCUCCAAAAUCUUUAGAAGCUUGACAGGCUGUCCUCGAUGACUACUCUGAGUCUGUGAUCUUCGAGCGUGGACAACUCAAUCCAGAUGAGCACCAGGCCCAUCCUGAUGACAAAGCAGCCACCUACACUCUGACCAAUGUGGUUCCUCAGGUGGAAGAGUUCAACAUGGGCCCCUGGAAAAAGCAUGAGCACAUCAUACGUAGGCGUCUCAACAACUACUGCAGAGGCACGGCCUAUAUGGUCACCGGAUUCACCACAUUAGGUCACACAAUACGCCGCCAGAACAUCAAACGCCUGGGCAUCCCCAGCUAUUUCUGGUCGGCCUACUGUUGCAUUGAUUUCGACCACAAUUCCCCCUCCUCCGAGCGCUCGAAGUUCCCUGCAUUUGCAGCUCAUGGGCUAAACGACAGGCAGAAUAACAAGGUUCAGGAAAUGACGGUGCAGCAGCUGGAGGACUUCCUGAAGAGGAUCUGAACUUUUUUUCAGAUCUUCUACGACAACUGUGUGGCUCCUAAUAGUGUUAACAGCGCCCUACACUGA